UCGGAAAAAAGAACAGGCUCGCUGGCAGAAGGCCAAGUUUUAAGGCCGUGCAGUCUUCUGUCAUUAUUUCAGAGGAGAGCGUGAACACAGAGUCAACAUGGGUCCUGACGAUCAACAACGGAGCAGAACUGAAUCCCAGAGCAGUGUGGACUCUAUGAAAGAGAGCAUAUUUUUUCAAGAGCUUAUGAGUUCUGACUCUGACGAAGAAAGCAGUUUGACACAUGAAGAAAAGAGAAGUGACUCUAAAGAAACCAGCAAUUGGAAAACUGAAGAACAGAAGUGCUAUGACCCUCUAGACGCCACGUUUACAUUUAUAGACGGAGAUGAUGAUUUAGAUUUUUUGUGCGAGGACUUCAAGGGUCUCAGAGCAAAGAUGUCCUGCGGUCAUGCAGUCACUCCGAUGUCUCUCACCAAAUGGUGCCGCAGAUUGUUGGACGUCGAGGGAAAGUGCAGAUUUGAAUGUGGUGUCUGUGAUGUUAAGUGGCCUUUCGAGGAGGUUUGUAAAAUGGCUCUUCUGACCCCCGAAGAAAUCAACUACUUUGAAAAGAAAAUGUUCAGUAACGCUGCCAGGGACUUGGACUUUAAAGUAUGUCCUGGUUGCCAGUCCCGUGCGGUGAGAACUGAUCUGCAUAAUCUGAGUGUACAAUGCCCAGUGUGCACAGCUGACAAGGGAAGGACUUAUAAGUUCUGCUGGCAGUGUUUAAGGGAAUGGAAAGGUCCGGUUCCACGUUCAGACCAGUGUGAAAAUGAUGGCUGUGCCCCCCUGUUAGAAACACUGAGAACCUGCCCUGAUAUCACCUUUGAGAAAGUUAGGGGGGUCACUGGCUGUCCCUCCAUCCGCGCCUGUCCAACCUGUGGUCUUCUGGUGGGGCAUAACAGAACAAAAUGUAAAAACAUCACGUGUCCCCAGUGUAACAAGGAGUUCUGUUUCGUGUGCCUGAAGCUCACUGUAGAGUGUAAAUCAUAUCUCAAAGCUUGCUCCAGUGGUGUAGCACCGAGACAGACGUCUAUACCUGUAUGGCAGAGAGAAUAACUGGAACAACGCCAGGCUCUAUGUGCUUUGGUUUCUGUUUAUGUAACACAAAUGCACCACUACAUAUUCUGCAGUGGUGGAGGAAGUACGUAGAUCCUUUACAUGUAAAAAAGAAGAAGAAAAAAGCAUUAGUCCAGCAUUAAAAAUCUAAGUAUUACCAUCAAAAUGUACUAAACUGUAUCAAGUUAAAGAAAAAUGGCCCUGUGACGCAGUAAUUUAGAGGUGGAACUGGUAACACGACAUAUGACAAGGGGCCACAACUAGACACUGCUUUUUGUUAGAGGUCAUAAGGCAAAAAGUUUAGAAACCACUGGUUACAUGUUGUGUAAUUUUGUUUUAUAAAUGUAUUAUAUUGUUUUAAUGCAAAAUCGUAAUCUAAAAAGUGAAAAGUAACUACUGCUGUGAAAUAAAUGUAGUGGAGUAAAAAGUACAAUAUUGUACUUAAGUAUAGUAGUUACAUUAAAUGUACUUAUUUACAUUCCUACACAUAUUAGUUGGUUAUUCAGGUGUUUUAAGAUGUACACAUUCAUUGAGAAAAUGUCUCUCAAGAAUAUAAUCAAAUGUGUGUUUUGUUUGUAAGAAGCUGGCAGCAAAAUGUAAUUAUUUAUAUUCCAUAAUUAUACAGCUCACUUAUGCAUUUUGUUUUAUCAGCUUCAACCUAUUUUUGUCCUUGGCUUUGUAAUAUUUUAACAAGACAUAAUUGUACACAAGAAAUCUCAGAACUCUUACUGAUUACCAGCUUUCAAUAACAAAUACCUAAUACAUCUUUUUUGGUACCUAAACUAAAAUGUGUAACUAAACAUAUCCCACAACUCUUUAGAAUUACUUCAGUUUUUCAAGGUGAACUAAUUUCUAAUUCAAAAUCAAAAUUGUAAUCAAACAAGCGUGUUGACAUUCAUAAUCAGUAUCUCAGCCCUUUGAAAAUCUAUACAUUUGUCU